GCUACCGCAGGAACCACGGCUGCUCCUGCGGUGCCCAGGAUGCCCGUAGCUGCCCGCUCAUCAGAGCUCCCUUCCCGCGGAGUCAGCCGUCCUUGCCGACACAUGGGCUGCGUAACAAAGCAAAACACACGUAUCUGCCAUGUUACACGAAGAUAAAUCCUUCUAUACAAAGGGUUAUUUCCUUUCAGACAGAAUGACUGCCUUGUGCACGAUGAAACACUUAUGUCAAGCAACCAGAAAUGAGAACAGAUACGCAAAAAGGUUCUUUGGUACUCUUCUGACACAGACACCACAAAAGUGGUUCUUUUUUCCUUUCUGGAUAGUGGUACCUGACCCUAGAAAGUCAACUGUGUUUGCACUUACUCAGCCAUUUUGUACAGUUGAAAAAUCUCAGACAGAACCAAAAAGGAAUACAGCAUUUGGAAGUGUUGGGCGAAGAAUUCCCUAUCGUAUUUUGCAUGUAAUCAACCAGGAUGGAGAGAGCUUAGGAAACAUGCAUCGAGCAGAUGCACUCAAACUUAUGGAUCAACAUAACCUGAAACUAGUUCUCCUUAAAGAGAAUGUAGAACCUCCAGUGUACAAACUAAUGACUGGGCAGCAGAUCCAUGAAGAACAGCUUAGACGUGCAGAGAAGAAAAAAGCAAGUCCAAAACCAGGAGUGGUUCAGAAGGAGCUAUCCUUUUCUUCAGCUAUUGCCAAAAAUGACUUGGAGAUCAAGACUAAACAGAUAGCACAGUGGAUUGACAAGAAAUACCAUGUUAAAGUUACCAUCCGGCAAGCAAAAGGUAGCAAUACGGACAUGUCCAUGCUUUUUGAUCAAAUUUUGGAAACUGUGUCUGAGAAAGCCACUUAUCUUUCCAAGCCAAAAGUUACUAGAGAAGGAGUGAGUGCCUGUAUUUUGAGACACAUGUCUGACAAAGAGUUGAAAGCACACCAGAAGAUGGAAAACCAGAAAAACAGUACAGUAAAGAAAGACGAAAAUGAAAAUCUGAAGUCAAAUGAGUUGCAUCAGUGACUUUAUGAAGCAGUGUAAACAAUACUAAUUUAUUAAAAUAUAAAAUAAAAAUA